AUCAUAACAUCAAAGGACUGAUUCAAGCAGGGAGAGUAUAAACCACAGCAGCUCUCUCCAUCAGAAGGAUCAUUUUGAAUCUGUUGUAGGCGAGUAUCAGAGAGACAUCCACACUCAACAAUCAUUCAAAAUGCCCAAAAAAACGCAGAAAGUGGCCAAGGCUGACAAAAGCAGAAGCAAAUGUCAGGAGGACCCGAUCGAUUUUUCCAAACUUCCUCAGGACUUAAAAACACUUGAUGAAGUCUGGAAAAAAGAGAGGGGAAACACUCGUAAAAAGAAUAAAUCCAGCCGCUUGCAAGAGAAGAGAGAAAUGGAGUUGGCUGAACAAAAGUCACAGGAGCAAGAAGAUCAGAAGGAGCUGAUUAAUCCCACUGCUGAGAAAACUCCUGCCGAAGAAGCUGGGUUCAUUGAGACCAUCAAGAACCUGCCACAAGAGCAACUUCUAGACUCAAGUCCUGAGGACUUAAAAACACCUGAUGAAGUCUGGAAUAAAGAGAGGAGAAACACUCAGAAAAAGAAUAGAUUCAGAUGCUUGCAAGAGGAGACAGAAAUGGAGUUGGCUGAACAAAAGUCAGAGGACCAAGAAGAUCAGGAGGAGCUGCAAAAUCCCACUGCUGAUAAAACUCCUGCCCUACUAGAAGCUGAGUACAUGGAGACCAUCAAGAAGCUGUCAAAAAAGGACCUUAUAGAGGAGUGUCUGCAGCUGAGGAAGGACUAUGUAACCACCGAACAGAAGCUGAAGAAAAAACUUCAGAAGGAGAAGACUCAGAGGAAACUUCUCCGAGAAGAGCUGGAGAUGAAGAAAGCUUCAAACACUGACGUCCAGGAGAGUGAGUCCGAGGUCCCUGCUCAACAACAGCAAGCUGGUCUCCUAAACCCUGAAACUGAGGAGAAAUUAAAGUCUCUGGAAGACAGGGUGCUGAACGACCAGCGAGAUAUCACCAACCUGACAGCUGAACGGGACACCCUGACGGCUGAACGCGACACCCUGACGGCUGAACGGGACACCCUCACACAAGAGAUGGCAGAGAUCAACAUACUGAAGGAAGAGGCCAUCAAGAAGCAGGAGGAUCUCUUGGAGGAGAACGAGGAGCUGAAACAUGAACUCAGCCUCAAGAAAUGUCUUCACCAGGAGAAUGAGGAGCUGAAACAUGAACUCAGCCUCAAGACAUGUCUUCACCAGGAGAACGAGGAGCUGAAACAUGAACUCAGCCUCAAGAAAUGUCUUGACCAGGAGAACGAGGAGCUGAAACAUGAACUCAGCCUCAAGACAUGUCUUCACCAGGAGAACGAGGAGCUGAAACAUGAACUCAGCCUCAAGAAAUGUCUUGAACAGGAGAAUGAGGAGCUGAAAGAGAGGAUCAAAACCAGCCAGGAAGAGUUCAACGCUGAGCUCCAGCUUGCAAAACAGAACAGAGGACACAGAGAUCAACAGUAUUGAGACCGCAACGACCGUAACACCCCAGGAAGAGCCUGAAGCAUUGACUCCAGUCAGUGAGACAGUGACUCCAGUCAGUGAGACAGCAACUCCAGUCAGUGAGACAGCGACUCCAGACACUGAGACAGAGACUCCAGCCGCUGAGACAGAGACUCCAGCUGCUGAGACAGAGACUCCAGCCACUGAGACAGAGACUCCAGACACUGAGACAGAGAC